AAAGUUGACUCAGCACAGAAGGGCCGUCCCGUGCGGCAGCUAUUUCCGUACAAUUUCCACUGGCUCGGACAAUGCUUGUUGUCGAGUUUACUCGGCUCAUGACGUUGCUCUAACACGAGAUGCCCUUGGAGACAUGCUUACAAAUGACGAUGUCCACGGUGGCUGCUGGUCUUGAAUCAUUGUUCUGAGCCACGUUAUCAAUCUCGAUAAUCACUUAGUGAGCCCCUCGGAUUAUCCGUCGAUUCUUGUAAAACAAAAGCGAGGUAAGACCCAUUGAUCGUGUAGUUCCAAAUCUUGUUAGAUGGAAAACUUUUUUGGCCGCAGUUGAAGGAAACUUGGCUACGCCGAUAACUCCUUCCUAAUUUGUCUUUUGCCCUCCUCAACCUUUCCACAAGGAAACUUGAGUAAAACUGAUCUUCACCAUGACUGUAUCUCACAACAUCCUCAUCACGGGUGCAUCGGGCUAUCUCGGGGGCACUUUACUCGCUCGCUGGGCGAGCGCCGGCCUCACGGGCUAUGAUAGGCUUUUUGCACUCGUUCGAACAGAGGCUCAAAGGGACCAAGUCAAGCAAUAUGGUGCUGAGCCUCUCACGUUUUCCCCUCGAGAUGAUCAGGCUGUCCGAGACGCAGUAGUACAGAAUCGGAUCACCAUCGUCUUUUACUUGAUAGAUGCUUUCGACUUUGUUGGCCAAGAAAACUUCAUCAAGGCUCUGGGCCAAGUGAAGUCUCAGACAGGUCUGCACGUUCACUUGCUUCACACAUCGGGGGCCAAGAUAUUUUCGGGUCUUGCUGGGGCUCCCACGGAUAGUUCGCUCUUAGAUACCGACCCUGGUCUGUACGACAUCCAGAAAGCUCAAGAGCCCUCAGUCCCUUUCAUGAAGAAGCCUGUUGAGACGAACAAACGAGUUAUUGACUUGGCCCAAGCCAACGAUGUGAGGUCUUACAUUUUUGCUCCCUGCAUAGUGUACGGAAAGGGAGAAGGAUUUGGCAAUCCUAUUUCCAUCCAAACUGUUGACAUUGUCAAAGCUGCCAUUGCUGCUGGACGAGUGCACUCAGUGACACCUGGUCGGCCUACAUGGCCCGUAUGCCACGUCCUCGACAACACUACCCUUUAUCUCCAAAUUCUUCGCUCUAUCUUGAACGGAGAGACCCCAGGAUAUGACAAGACCGGCUACUUCCUCGCGGCUUCUGGUAGUGUAGCCUGGGAUGAUCUGUACGACGCAAUGGCCAAGGCACUUAAGGCCCGAAAUGCCAUUGAAGACGAACGUGUCAUUCCCGCAGACGAAUCGGCGCUUGGCAAGAUGGCUCAAGGGCUGAGCACCGAGAGCUCUCUCGUUCAGAUGAGAUUGGCUGGAAAAUGCACCUUCACAGCCAAGCACGGUGCUGAAAUUGGAUGGAAACCCCAAUUUCCUCCAGAACAUAUUCUCGAGGCUGCUGAUGAUGAGGUCGAGCGCAUUUUGCGGACGCUUCACAGCGACAAAGGUUUUGGCGACAAGCCAUGGUACAAGAAAGAGUAGAGUUUCAACCGUUUCAUUGAAGGCUGCUCUUAUUCUCUGUCGGAAUACCAAGUUCAUGUUGUGGACUUGGCUCCUCGCCAAGUGUGAAGCAAACCAGCAACCAUCAAUUUCCUUUCAUCGCUCUAGAUAGGUCGGUCUACUUAUCUGCUGCUCAAAACUCGGACAAUGUGAUAUUAUUAACACCAGGUGACUAGGUAGUUCAAGAAAUUCUUAUCAUCUUGUUAAGCAUUCUCCGUUAGGUAGCAGUGAUGGGUACGGUACGGGUUGAGUUCUCAAAGUGCAUCCUACACUCCAUUCUUCGGCCUUCGGGCCAUCAAACACUGCGAUGUGGGACCUUCCAAAGUCCUUCAUUCACCAUGAUGACGGCAGAAACGCUUGUACAAGCCGUCU